CUUAUCAGCUAUGGAUUUAGAGUGUGCCAGUCAAGAAACAGUAAAACAAGGCCUGCUUGCUCGUGGAUGGCCACCGAUUAAGGGCUUUAGCAAGCACGUUAAGACUAAAGUGCUUGAAUUUUUCAGCCUCUUGAUAAAGCUUGGCCAAGAUGAUCCAAGAAGAGUUGUUCACUCCUUGAAAGCCGGACUUGCACUCACCUUGGUCUCAUUGUUUUAUUACUACCAGCCAUUGUACAAAAGCUUCGGCGUUUCCGCAAUGUGGGCUGUGAUUACUGUUGUCGUCGUCUUCGAAUUUUCUGUCGGGGCUACACUUGGGAAGGGAGUGAAUAGAGGAUUGGCAACAUUGCUUGCUGGUGGUCUAGCUGUUGCGGCUCAUCAGCUGGCUAAUCUAUCGGGACGGAUAGGUGAGCCCAUAGUACUCGGGAUCUUUGUCUUCCUCCAAGCUGCGGUAUCAACGUUUGUAAGAUUCUGCCCCCAAAUCAAGGCGAGAUAUGAUUAUGGGCUAUUGAUAUUUAUUUUGACAUUCUCUUUGAUCUCGAUUUCGGGUUUUCGAGAUGAUGAAGUGUUAGAAUUGGUUCACAAGAGAUUGUUAACCGUCCUCAUAGGUGGCUCAACCUGUGUCAUAAUAUCCGUUUUGGUUUUCCCUGUGUGGGCUGGUCAAGACCUUCACAACUUGAUUGCUUCCAACAUGGAAAAGCUUGGGAUCUUCCUAGAAGGGUUUGGAGAUGAAUACUUUAAAAUGCCAGAGGAUGGAGAGUCCAAAGAAGAUAGACCCUUCUUGCAGGGUUAUAAAAGUGUUCUUGACUCCAAAACCAACGAAGAUGCCUUGGCUAAUUUUGCAAGAUGGGAACCAAGGCAUGGUCGAUUUCAAUUCCGACAUCCAUGGAAACAGUACCUGAAGAUUGGAGCUCUAACACGAAAGUGUGCUUAUCGAAUUGAAUCUCUUAACGGACACCUAUAUGCUGACAUUCAAGCAAAACGGGAAAUCCGAAGUAAAAUCCAAGAGACAUGCACAACAAUGAGCAUGGAAUCUGGUAAAGCAUUGAAGGAACUAUCAAUGGCGAUCAAAACAAUGGUGAAACCAUUAGCUGCUGAUAUCCACAUUGAGAACUCAAAAUCUUCCGUAAAGAAUCUCGACACUUUGCUCAAAUCAGGGUUAUGGGAUGAUGAAACGGACCUAUUGGAAGUGGUACCAGUGGCCACAGUAGCUUCGUUAUUAAUCGAUGUAGUCACCUGCACGGCCGAAAUUGCUGAAUCUGUUAACGAACUUGCAACGAUGCUAAAAUUCGAAGUCGUUGAGCCAACUGUCUCACCUGAAAAGCCCGAGACAGGACAACCUAAAAUUGGGAUAUCUUAGAAACCCAUUUCCAGAUAAUAGGAAUUCUGAUUCCACAAGAAGGAAUUAUUAUAUUAGUGAACCGACGAAUCUUGGGGUGUAAAUAAUAUCUUAUAUAUAAAUAUAUUUGCUCACUGAUUGCAUUAAGUUUUGCUAAAUCUUGGAAUAUGAAAUUUGACCACGAUGAGAAACUCUAA